AUGAGCACUUCCAAAAUACCUGGGUUGAUGAGAUCCUCCCUGCGGUUGGCAGCUCAUCCUGCCUCUUCCAAACGACCAUUGCCCGCGCACUUCGCCACCACCACCGCACCUCAAUAUGUCUCCAGAAGCUGCAAGGCUGAGAUGGCAGAAGUCGUCGACAAGUCCAGACCCUCCGAUCUCUUCGACCUUCCCCCAUCCAUAUCCGCGUCUUCCUCAUCCAAGCUGGCCAACUCUCAAGCUACCCUCGACAUCAUCGAUCCUAUCGUCCGUCGUCCUGACCCACUCGUCGUCACCCCCGUAUCCGAACUUCGCGAAACCGAGAACACCCAAAAACAAGAAAAGGUUGGAAGGCCCAUCUAUCUAGACAUGCAGGCUACGACACCACUUGAUCCCCGCGUCCUAGAUGCGAUGAUGCCUUACAUGACUAACCAAUACGGAAACCCACAUUCCAAGACCCAUGCAUACGGCUGGGAGACCGAAAAGGCCGUCGAGACUUCCCGAAGCCAUGUUGCUAAUCUGAUUGGGGCUAGCACCAAAGAUAUCAUCUUUACCUCGGGUGCUACCGAAACAAACAACAUGUCUAUCAAGGGCGUCGCCCGGUUCUAUAAAGAACGUAAACGACACAUCAUCACCACCCAGACUGAGCACAAAUGCGUCUUAGACUCAUGCAGGGUUCUACAAGAUGAAGGGUUUGAUGUAACCUACUUACCCGUCAAAAGUAAUGGCCUCAUUGACCUCCAGCAACUUGCUGAUGCCAUCCGUCCCGACACCGUCCUUGUCUCGAUUAUGGCUGUCAACAACGAGAUUGGGAUCAUUCAGCCGAUGAAAGAGAUUGGUGCAAUUAUUCGUCAACACAAGGGCGUGUUCUUCCACACCGAUGCUGCCCAAGCGGUUGGCAAGAUCCCCAUCGAUGUCGAGGAGAUGCAGAUCGAUCUAUUGAGUAUGAGCUCCCACAAGAUCUAUGGACCCAAAGGCAUUGGGGCUGCUUAUGUUCGUCGGCGUCCUAGGGUCAGACUUGAGCCCAUCAUGAAUGGUGGCGGGCAAGAGCGGGGCCUGCGCUCUGGUACAGUGCCAGCGCCACUUGUCGUCGGCUUUGGCGAGGCUUGUCGACUAGCCAAAUUAGAACUCCAGAAUGAUCAUGAGCACAUUUCAAGACUAUCACAGAGGUUGAACGACAAGAUCACCCAGAGCUGUACCCACAUCGUGCGUAACGGCGAUGGCACAUUAGGCUACCCAGGCUGUCUGAACCUAUCCUUCGAAUACAUCGAAGGCGAAUCCUUGUUGAUGGCCUUGAAGGAUGUGGCCCUGAGCUCUGGAAGCGCUUGUACGUCGGCCUCACUCGAGCCCAGCUAUGUGCUCAGGGCGCUCGGAGCUAGCGACGAGAACGCCCACAGCUCUUUGCGUUUCGGAAUCGGUCGGUUCACCACCGAACAAGAGGUCGAUUACGUUGCCGGUAAAAUCGUCGACGUCGUCACUCGUCUGCGCGAAUUGAGUCCGUUGUGGGAGAUGGUCCAGGAGGGAAUCGACUUGAAAUCCAUCAAUUGGUCCCAACAUUAA